AUGAGGAAAGAGCCUUCGGUGGGAUGGAAAGACACCAGGCAGAGCAGCAGGCAAGGCGCAGCACUAAAUAGAAUUGAAAGGCAGAAUGUUUCGAACAUAGCCUUUUGGAAUGCGGAGUACAGAAAUCCUUUGCAUUCAGAAAACAGCAGCGAUGAAACAGACAUGGAUAUGUUUUUUACAUCUACCGAGCACACAGAUGUUGCCAUUGAGGUGGAUUCGCAGGUGCACUCAAAGUUUGUGGUGAAAAAAAUUGAAAGAAGCAGCACUUCUGUUGUUCUGAUAGGAGAUACGAUUGAGUGCCAUGUAUCUGGUGAAUGGUGUGAUGUUGAUUACAGGAUCAACAUGAAAGUCACAGUGAUGAGAUGCAUGUGCUGCAAUCAUGAAGAAGAUGCGUCUAGCAUUGACUUUAUUGGCGAGGAUUUUGAUUCAGACAGAGAUGAAGAAUGCUCUGCAAAUAAGAGUGCCAACGAAAGAGAUAGCAUGUGCAUAAGUGAAAAUGGCGUUAAUCAGAAUACAUGUGUAUGCUCGCAUGCAAUUGCAACGAAUUAUCUUGAUACAGAGCCAACGAAGCAGAAGGUGUAUGUGAAUGACGAUGAAAACUAUCUUCUAAUCGAAGACGAUCCGGUUUCUAUUACAACGUUGUGCGAAUUGCUCAACUGCAGAAAUAAACAUUACCUGAACAGCAAGGUUGCAUCUGUAAGAUUCAACCACAUUGACCUCACGAUACUGAUAGGGGUAAUAGCACACUCAGUUCUGCAGAAUGCAUUGAUUUGCAAAAACUUUAGAUCAGACUUUCUGAUAAUGCAAGCAAAGAAGGCGGUUUCUGAGAAUGUAAUAUUGAUGCACAGGUGUGGAGUGCAUGAAAAGUAUGUGCUUAACGAAAUACUGAAGCUUAUACGGAAUAUACAGCACUUUCAAGACUACAAGUUUGAUGUUGUGGAAACGGAAAAGAAGCUUAUGUCACUGCUGUUCAGCAUAAAAGGGAAUGCGGAUGCGAUUGGGCGGGAUGCCGUUCUGGAGAUAAAGACAUCGAAAACUUUGAGGGCAGAGAACCGUGCACAAGUGAUACUGUAUUCGCUAAUGUUACGAGAGAAGACAGGAAAUGACUUUGCGCCUUAUAUUUACUACAUUCCGUCUAAAGAGCUAGUGACUGUGAAGAUCAGGCAUUGCGAAGUAAGAAGUUUGCUCAGUAUGAGAAACAGGAUUUCGUUGCAGCAUGGCUUGCAGAAGUGUGCUUGCAAUGAUGAAGAAUGCAGGAUUAUUGGUGAGAUAAACGCUCUAGAUGAUUUGCAUUUUUUGAAAAGACAGUUGAAUGCAAUUGAUGAGGAAGAGACAAAAAGCAUUGGUGCAAUGAUCCCAAUAUCACUGAAGUACCAAAGUGGAAGCAUUUUAGGGCUGCAAAUUGAAGAAGGCUUUGCAAUUCCAAGAAGCAUACACCUGAGCAUGUUUAACAAGGACAUGGUUAGGAUUUCAAGAGGAGUUGUGGAAGGGAUGAUUGAGGGUAACAGCAUGCUUGUUAGGCUGAGUGAUUGCAUUCAACUAAGCAGGGAGAAGAUGUAUGUGUCGUUUGGAGAUACAAAUGUGUCUUUUAAGUUUAUGAGGUUUUCUCUUAUUCAUGUUGCAUAUCCACGGUAUUGCACAUCUGAAGUGUUCAAUGGGUUUUGCCUUCCUAUGGAGAAAUCUGUGUUGGAUGUGAAUGCAAGCAGUAAGACGGCGAAUGAAGUCAAUGGUAAACCGAAUGGGAGCUUUGGUAAAACCUAUAGCGAGGAUGCGUCUGAGGAGUUUGAUAAUCUUGCAUUCUAUUCGGAAAAUGAUACAAGACUAAACGAAGAGAUUGGCAUAGAGGUAGAUAAGCAAAGCACAGGCUGUAUUAGUGCAGCCAUGACUUCGUCUGCACACGCUCAAGCAAGCAUGAAUGAACGAGCCCAGAUAAACUGCAAUCGAGGGGUGUAUUUUGCAAGCAGCCAGACCGAUACUGAGAAGAUAUGCAUACCUGAGCAAUACAAGCAUGAGUUUCUAAGGCUUAAUGACGAUCAACGCUCUGCACUAUUUCUUUCUUUGAAUUGUAAAAGCUAUAGGAUUAUACAUGGGAUGCCAGGAACAGGUAAAAGCAUGCUGAUAACGUUGCUAAUCAAAAUACUUGUGCAUUUUAAGAAGAGAGUUCUUCUUGUAUGCUAUACAAACCUUGCUCUGAAAAACAUUGCAGAAAAACUAAAGGGAGUCAAUGUAUACAUGGCAGGUAAGGAGGGCAUGCGGUUUGAAAAAACAGAUGAUGCUAAGGUGUUUUUUGAUAGCAUAGAGCUUGUAUGCGGAACGUGUUUUUCAUUUUCUGACCCGGUUUAUGUAUGCAGAGAGUUUGACUUCUGUGUGAUUGAUGAAGGUUCGCAAAUGCAUUUGCUUCUGGCAUUGAUUCCUGUAAGCAUAUCUGAAAGAUUUGUGAUAGUUGGCGACCAUUUACAGCUGAAGCCUCUAUCCAAGAGCUCCAAGGAGCUUAGCCUGUCUCUUUUUGAGUACUUGCUUGGUGAUGAAUACUCAAAGCUGAGAAUUCAGUACAGAAUGGGUAAAGAGAUCAUGAGGCUGUCAAACACGCUGUUCUAUGGGAAUGAGCUGUGUGGAGGAGAUCAGCCUUCGAAGGUAGAGUUUCUUAACACGGAGUAUGUGGAUAUCAUAGUGCUAAUUUCGUCGCUUUCUAAAUGCACGAUUCUUUGCUACUUCAAUGCGCAAGCCGAUAUGAUAAGAAAGCAUACAUCGUGUGCUGUUGAGACAGUGGAUAGGUUCCAGGGAAGCGAAGAUGACAAGGUUGUUGUUGUUUUUGAUCCUGUGUCUAGCUGUGAGGUGAUGGAAAGCAGCGAACGGCUGAAUGUUGCGCUUACAAGAGCAAAGAGGCAUCUGAUUCUUGUAGGAAAUAGAAGCAAAAUGGCAGAAGUGGAGAUACUCAAAAGAUUACUCGAUGUUCUAUGA